AUGAGCACUUUGCAGCGUGCUCAUGAAGCUCUCUCAUGCGCUCUCUCAUGCGCUCUCUCACGCGCUCUCUCACGCGCUCUCUCACGCACUCUCUCACGCGCUCUCUCACGGGCUCUCUCACGCACUCUCUCACGCGCUCUCAUGCACUCUCUCACGCACUCUCUCACGCGCUCUCUCACGCGCUCUCUCACGCGCUCUCUCACACGCACUCUCACGCGCUCUCUCACGCGCACUCUCACGCGCACUCUCACGCGCACUCUCAUGCGCUCUCACCCGCUCUCUCACGCGCUCUCUCACGCGCACUCUCACCCGCUCUCUCACGCGCUCUCUCACCCGCUCUAUCACGCGCUCUCUCACGCGCUCUCAUGCGCUCUCUCACGCGCUCUCACACGCCCUCUCAUGCUCUCUCCCUCUCUCGCGCUCACUCACGCGCUCUCUCACACGCUCUCUCACGUGCUCUCUCACGCACUCUCUCACGCGCCCUCUCAUGCUCUCCCUCACUCGCUCUCUCACGCGCUCUCUCUCGCGCUCACUCACGCGCUCUCUCACGAGCUCUCACACGCACACUCUACUCUCAUGCGCACUCUCAUGCGCUCUCACCCGCGCUCUCUCAUGCGCUCUCUCACACGCACUCUCACGCGCUCUCUCACGCGCACUCUCACGCGCACUCUCACGCGCACUCUCAUGCGCUCUCACCCGCUUUCUCACGCGCUCUCUCACGCGCUCUCUCACGCGCACUCUCACGCGCUCUCUGACGCGCACCCUCAGCCGCUCUCUCACGCGCUCUCUCACGCCCUCUCUCACGUCCUCUCUCCCACGCACUCCCUCACGCGCUCUCUCACGCGCACUCUCACACGCUCUCUCACGCGCACUCGGACUCUCACGCGCUCUCUCACGCGCUCUCUCACCGUUCGCUCCCACGCACACACUCUCCCUCGCGCUCCGUCUCUCCUUUUCUUCAAAUGA